AUGGCCACAGAGCGGGGGCUCAGUUGGUCAGGUAGGGGGGGCUCAUGCUGCCCGCCGCGGUUCGAGCGUCGGCUCGACGGGCGCCUCAUCUGCUUGUUAAAUGAUCUGCCAGUACUCCUGGCUUACUUCAAAAAAAGAAGUUUGUCUGCAGAAGCCCACGCCGAGGGGGGUGGGCGACCGGACCCUCGCGGUUUCCCCGGGGAGGCUCGUCCCCACCUCUUGCGUCUGGGCGCGUCGUCCCCGCCCGCUCCCGAGCGACGCGAGGCGAGCGCUCCGCCGCCGCGCCACCUGCAGCACCUGCUCCGCUUCCCUGCGCCGCCGCUCCACCUCCUCUCCUCGACUCGGCUCGGCGCUACCGCUCCGCCCCCGCCCGUCAGCCCCGUCCAGACGCUACCCCUGCAGCUCCCCGUUGGUGAUGCCCCUCCGCCUCCGCACCCCUCGGCGUCCGAUCUGCGACGCCGCCGCCACCUCGGCUGCCACCUCCACAGCCACCACGGUGCCUCCACUUCAUCUUCCUCCUCGUCAUAUAGGACAGAGCAAGGGAGACCCUGGAGAGAGAGAGAGAGAGAUGUCGUAGGCGCUGCUCAAGGCAUGCCGAAGACAAUCAAACAUGUGCGCCGUCUGCUUGGCUCAAAUCAAUCCAGCUCCAGCAUUUAUGUCCAGUCUAACAAAGCUAAUUCGUUUUUUUCCAGGGAGAUUUUGCCAAGCCAAGGCAAGCUAUUUAUCGAGAACGACGCGGUGGCAGCAUUAGCAAGUGGAACUAUGGGCAAGCUCCACGGGUGCAUGCUGAUCGCAAGGACAGGGACGAUAGCUUAUGGGUUCACCAGUGAUGGCAGGGAAGCCCUAGUAGCAGGUGCAGGGCCGGUUCUAGAUGACUGGGGCAGAUGGACAUACGAAGACCAAUCGUGGACUCGCAUUGCUGACCUUCAGUUGUGAUAGUAGGAAUCUACUGAGAGGUGAUGAGGUGGCAAACAAGAUCCUACACAAUUCAGUUGCUGAACUAGCUUCCAGUGUCAAAGCUGUAGUGCAAAGGCUUGAGAUGCAUUAACAUUUGGUUGAAUGCAAGUACUGAAUGAACUAAGAUGAGUUUUUCUGUAAAAAAUAUCUACAAACUGAGCGACGUGAGGUUGACAUUUGUGUUUAUUGGUGUAAGUAUGGAUAUACGGAUGAUCCUGCAAUAAAUUAUCUUGCAUAUUUUAUUAUUGGGUAAUGAAAUUCUCAUUUUAUUA